GAAAAUCCUCUUCGAUCAGUCAUGCCAAAAAUCACACAAUUCUUUGUCGUUUCUGCCUUUAUUUCGAUCGUAUUGACAAGGUUUGUUCAUUGGUUUUUAGCAUUAUUGCUCGUAUUCAUCCUGGCAUAUGUUUUGCGAACACAAUUAUCAAUCGCUGCUGAUGACAGUGAAUGGACAAAAGCAGAAUCAGCCCGAAUUGCUCAACAAGAAACUGAUGAAAAGCGUAGCGAAAGUGUUGAAUGGAUGAAUGCUGUCCUCAAAACUGUAUGGCCUUUGAUCAAUCAAGACUAUUUUGUACCGUUCAUCGAUUUGAUGGAAGAUGCUUUGAUGCAACAAGUUCCUGGCAUCGUACAUGGCUGCAGAGUGGAGGAUCUGGAUCAAGGUACCGUUCCUUUGCAUAUACAAUCCUUCAGCUUACUCGACUCGAGCGAAGUUGCAUUUAUUGAUGGAGCUACAGCCAGUGAAAUUCACGAUAUGGAUGUCGGUAUGGAGAAUCAUGAAGAUGUGAUGAAACAUGCAGAAGAUUCUGGUAAAGGGGACAUUGGCUUUGAUGUGGGCGAAUUUGUCAAUUUGGAGCUCACCUUCGCUUAUCGAUCGCCUGCCGCGAGACGUAAAAAGAUGAAGAGUAAUCGAGCUGACGGAGUUAUGACUGAAGAGGAAAGAGAAGCGCAAGUUUCUGGAUAUCAAUCCGAACUUCCGAUCGAUCAGAUUCAUAUGCUGAUUUAUAUGGCUAUAGGACUGCAAAAGAUUGCCGCCGUUGAAAUUCCGGUCUGGUGUGAGGUUUUGGGCAUCGAAGGAAAGAUGCGAUUACGAUUGCAACUCGUUCCAACCGCUCCCUUUGUCGCUCAUGUUGCAUUCACUUUUGUGGGAAAGCCAAAGAUUGAAAUCUCUGCCAAGCCAUUGGGACGUAGAAUGGUGAUCGAUGCAAUGCAUUUGCCAAUCAUUUCAUCUUACGUAUUGCACUCUAUUGAAGCAGUCGUCAAGAAUUUCAUUUCGCCUCACAGCUAUACGGUAGACAUUGCCAGUCUUCUUGAAGCACAAGAUGGACCACGUAAUGUGUAUGCUCUUGGUGUGGUUGUUCUUAUAAUCCAUCAAGGUAUCAAUCUCCCUGCAGCAGAUGCCAAUGGAAUGUCGGAUCCUUUUGUCAGCGUUUCAUUUGCCAGAGCGGGCAAGCCAUUGUUCACUACUCGCGUCCUUCUCAAAACAAAGGAUCCUAUCUGGCAUGAGAUGGCAAUCUUACCAGUCUCACCUGAUGAAGUACGUGAUCAAGAGCGAUUACGCAUGACGGUCUUUGAUGCCGAUCGAUUCUCGGUAGAUGAUCCAUUAGGAAAGGUGGAAGUUUCGAUCGAUAAAUUGAUCAAUCGUGCACUCCAACAUCAUAACGAGGAAGGUAAACCAAGUUUGAUGGAAACACAAACAGAAGAUAUCAGACCAAUGCGUAAAGGAGCAAAAGUUCAAGGUAGAUUAAGCUAUAGCGUUGGCUUUUUCCGUUUAUCAAAACCAUCGCAAGGAAAAAGAACAGCUGGUAAAGCAAACCUUUUGCGACAAGCAGCAGAUAGACAUGAAGACACUCCAGUCAGUGGUGCCUCUUUGAGCGAGCAGCAAGAGAAACAGCUUCCUGUUCUGCCUGAUACUCCUUCCACUCCACCAAAAUCUUCAGAUCCUAGCCAGGACAAACACAGGGAUGAUCUGUAUCGCAAUUAUACCACACCAUUUGACAGAUUUGUCCAUUCGAUCGGAUUUCCCUUGGAUGAAAAGGUACUUGCACAUCGUAAAGAGCGUAAAGAUCGCGUAAAGAAGCUCACAACGAUGAUGGAAGGAGAAGCACAUGCCACAUUUGGACCGCCAAGUAAAGUAUGGAAAACAGGUAUCCUUGCCUUUCACAUUCAUUCGAUCGAAGGACUUGGAUUUGAAGGACCACAAAAAAGUUGGUCGAAUAGCAAAAGGUUAUCGCAAAAGCCACAAUACGCAGCAGAUGAGGACGUCUUGGGCGAAGGAACAUCAAAGAUGCCAAAUUCUUAUGUGCAAGUUUUGAUUAACGAUGAAGCUGUUUAUCGAACUCGUACGAAAACCUUUAAUCCUCAACCAUUUUUCAAUGCUGGUACGGAAAGAAUCGUGUCUGAAUUUGAUACAGCUCGUAUUGAUUUGGUCGUACGUGAUGCACGUCAAAGAGAAAAUGAUCCAAUCUUGGGCGUUGUGGGAAUCAAGUUGAGCGAUGUGAUCACCUCUUCUUGUCGUGUAACACAAUGGUACACUUUAACCGGUGGAUUGGGAUACGGUAAGAUUCGACUUACCCUUUUAUGGCGUUCUGUGGAACUCAACAUUCCUGCUCAGCUUCGUGGAUGGAAUGUUGGUGUGAUCGAAGUGGCAAGUUGUUUUGUGGGCGGUGUAACUGCAUCUCAUAAAGCCGUGACAGAGAAACGCGAUGUGCACAUCGCUUUUGAAACAGUAGGAGGCAGAGCGGAAACUGAACCUGUCACACCUGAAGUAGACGAAGGCAAAGCAGAACACGGUAGGGAUGCAUUGAGCUACAAGUGGGUUUUGACAACUCCAGUGCGAAUUGCAGUAACUCAAAGAUACCCUAAUUUCCUCUAUAUGCAUCUUCGAAGCGAUUCAAGAGUGCCAGGUCGCUCACAUCGAAUUGCACAUGCGGUAAUUCCGAUGAAUCGUUUGGACGAUAAUACGGAGGUACGGAAAAAGGUUCCAAUUUAUGAAACUUCUGAUUGGCAGCAAUUCGAACAAGACGUCUUGCGAGAUAUGACAAAAGAAGAUCAAUUGGCCGAAUCGUCAAAGAGCGUAAAGAAAUUGAUGCCUAUUAUGGAAGAAAUGGUGGAAGAUACAAAUGGAGAGGCGGCUGGAAAAGAAACAAAAGAUGCAAAAGGUGAUUCAGCUUUAAAACAAGUUGGUUAUUUGGAUAUCGUCUUGGUUUUCCAUCCAGGUUUAGGACCUGAACAUCGUUCAAUCCUUGCAGGCGAUAAUGAGUUACGUGCUGCGUUUGAAUGUUUCCAAACAUUGGUCGAUUGUGGUCAACGUCCUCAACCGAGAAUGCUCAGUGUAGCACGAAAGAGAAAGUUGAGUACGGUUGGACCUCGUCAAGCAGCAGGCGUGGUCGGUUCAGAGUCAGGAAUGAUCGAUAUCUCAGCUGCAAAUAAAGAAGCCAACGAUCUACAAGAUGAUGAUUUCGAUUCAGACGAGUUGGAAGGUGAGAUUCCAAGUGAUAAUGACGGAACAGUGGAAGAUGAUGAUGGCCUUAUCGAAGGUGAUACACCCGAAGGUAGAAGAGCAAGAGCGCGCAAUUUACACAGACAACAAAGAGGUGCUGCUCAAGUAAAAUCAUUCCGCACCCUUCAAUGGCUAAAGACGAAUGCCGAAGAUGGAGUUGUUCGAAUGAAACGAAUUGCAAAGAAAGAACAGAGUAAACGGAUCGCAAAGAUGGAAAGUGAAGGCGUAAGUCAUUUUUAAUAUGUACAUAUUAAUACCGGAAUAACCUAUACAUCCUUUAUGAUUGUUGCAAUGUGAUCUAAUGAAAGU